AUGUAUACAAGUCAUGAGGAUAUUCGGUAUGAUUUUGAAGAUGACCCCAAAGAUAAGAAGGCGCUCAAGCCGCACCCCAACAUCGACGGCGGAUGGGCCUGGAUGAUGGUGCUCUCCUCGUUCUUGGUGCACAUCCUGGUGAUGGGCUCGCAGAUGGCCCUGGGCGUCCUCAACGUGGAGUGGCUGCAGGAGUUCCACCAGAGCCGCGGGCUGACCGCCUGGGUCAGCUCCCUGAGCAUGGGCAUCACCCUGAUCGUGGGGCCUUUCAUUGGCUUGUUCAUCAACACCUGUGGGUGUCGCCGGACGGCCAUCAUCGGGGGGCUGGUGAACUCCCUGGGCUGGGUGCUGAGUGCCUAUGCUGCAAACGUGCAUUAUCUCUUUAUCACCUUCGGAGUGGCAGCGGGCGCGCUGCGGCUGCUGAAGGCCGUGGGCCAGCUGACCGUGCGCGUCCGCAGGGGCUUCGGCCAGUGGUCCUCGGGCUACUUCGGCGCGGCGUCGCUCUUCACGAACCGAAUGUUCGUGGCCUUCGUGUUGUGGGCGCUGUUUGCCUACAGCAGCUUCGUCAUCCCGUUCAUCCACCUGCCCGAAAUCGUCAACUUGUAUCACUUGUCGGAGCAAAACGAUCUUUUCCCUCUGACUUCAAUUAUUGCAAUAGUUCACAUCUUUGGAAAGGUGGUGCUGGGCAUCGCGGCCGACUCACCCUGCAUCAGCGUCUGGACCGUCUUCCUGAUGGCCAACUUCACCCUGGUGGUCAGUAUUUUCGUGCUGCCGCUGGCCCACACGUACGCGGGCCUGGCCGGCAUCUGCGCGCUCAUCGGCUUUUCCAGCGGCUAUUUCUCCCUGAUGCCCGUGGUGACGGAAGACUUGGUGGGCAUCGAGCACCUGGCCAACGCCUACGGCAUCAUCAUCUGCGCCAACGGCAUCUCGGCCUUGCUGGGCCCGCCGUUUGCAGGGUGGAUCUAUGACAUCACACAAAAAUACGAUUUUUCCUUCUAUAUAUGUGGCUUGCUUUAUAUGGUAGGAAUACUCUUUUUGCUCAUUCAGCCAUGUAUUCAAAUGAUAGAACAAUCUAGAAAAAAAUACCUGGACGGUGCCCACGUGUAGUGUCGUGUAAGUUUCUUUGUGCUCAUGCCUACCUCACAUGGCUGCUGUGAGGCGCCCACGGCUCGCAGGGACCUGGUGUUGCACUUGUAAAUGCCGGUGUCGCGACUUCACCAAAAGCAAAGCUGCUUUGUCUAGGGAGAAGUGGAGCUGGAAGGUUCUAAGGACCCUGUCGGACCUAGAGGUGACGGUAUCCUUCAAAGAAAGACACUGUGUCCAACACUCUGGAAAGUGUUCUCUUGUCAGCCAUUGGGACUAGCGUCUGAGAUUCGGUUUUUCAAAUAAAGACAAAAGAGCGAAAGCUUUUCAACGCGAGGACUUCAUUGUCAGGUUGGGGAAAGUACCUACAUAGCUAAAUGCAUCUGAAACACAAGGCUGGAUAGAUUUCAGAGAGUGUUAUAAUCUUUUAUUAAUUCACCGGUGUGAAACAAAGGCAAGCCUUAAUUUCAAAGGUGAUAUAUUUGGUACACUUAAAGAAACCGUUUAUAUUUUUAUGAAAGGAUUCUGCAGCAAGGGAGUACACUUUAUAGAUCUUUCUCUAAAAACAAAUACUUGCUAUGAAUCCUAAUUGAAUAUUACCCUGUUGUAAACUGAAUCUUGAGGUAAAACCUGAAUAACUUCAUAACAUGAAGAAUUUUCAUCAUAAAAGUGAUGUUUCUGCACGUAACCAAUAAACUAAGGGCUAUGGUUCAAGCACUGUUAUUCACAGCAUGGGCGUCUUAGUUGAUACGCCUCAUUGAGGCCUACAAUAUGUUUUUCAGUUUCUCCUACCCAAAAAUAGAGAACUAAUUAUUGGUUAGCGCAUGAAGUUAGUGACUAAAGCCUUUGCCAAACGUGCUACUAAUUCAGACUAUCCAACUCCCAAGGUCUGAGGCAGGCCCGGCUCAGCUCCUCGGCUCACUGUCUUGGAGCAGAGGUCAGUACAGCCCUUCUUUGAAGCCUCUGGCGAUGUGACAUAGUCACAGAUCAGUGCAGACUAUUCGUGUGCCUGAACUCGGUGCACUUUCAGAGAUAAUUCUCUUGACUGAUUUCAUACAGAAGCUGUGAUUCACGACAGCAAGUAAUACUCUUCCUCAACCUGAGAGCUCUAUUUUUUCUAAACUAAACCUUUCUCAGAUGGCAGACUGUCCUUCCCAGAAUCAUUUUGAAAUUUCUGACUAUUUGUUUACAUAUAUUUUAGAACUAUUUCAAUGAUGCUCACAAUUUGCUCGUCACAAAGAAAAUUCUUUCAUAUUGUUGCCAUUGUCUUGGGUCAGAGUUCUCUCACGUGAGUUACAGACCAUUCUCAGUCAUCCCUGACAUUUGGCAGCAGGAAGGCCCGGCCUGGGAUCACAGACUCUUAGCGCAGGUCGAGUUUUAGCCUCCUCUUCGUGUCUCUUAUCCCACGAGCCCCUUCCGAGCUUUUCACAAGUGAUUCCAUGGAUUCGUCUCCUCUUUGCUUCUCUCCAGUCUGCCCUGCUCUGGUGUUGGACACCAGACUAGAGUGGGUGUGUAAUGAAAGGCACCUCGCACAGAAAAUAAGAAUCAGAGGCAGCUAAUGGAAAGAUCCAGAAGUGGGCUGCUGUGCACAUUCAACAUGACCUCCGAUGAUGUGAGAACUGCCUGUCAGUUAUUAUGGAGCAUAAAUGGCCUCUCAUGCUCCAUUUGGUUCAAUAUGAAAAGCUAUUUGCUGUCAUUAAAGCUUUAUCUGCUGUGAAAGAAUUCAGCUACCCUGAUGAAGGCAAUCUUAAGUCCUCUUACAUCUACUUACCAUAACGUGAGGAUUAGAUUGGAAAAUGUGUGUUUUAAAUGGACUGCAUUGCUUUGUUACUUCCAUUUUCUGACCACACCCAAGGAGCAAGAGGUGGUGUUCACCACCCUGAGACUGGUGCUUAGCCACAAGUUUGAUCUCGGUGCCCAGUCCCACCACAACACCUGCCCCAGCAGCUGGUGUAACUGAUGUUGAUUUACUUUGUUUAUGGGAGGGGUGACUUCUGCCAAACCAGAAAUUCCCCGUCGACAAGAAUAGAGUAAAAGUGUUCGUGUUGACAAGAUAAUAAGCAAAACACUAUGAAGAAUACAAUGUGUAUGUUCUUUCCCGUUAAAAAUGUUAUCUAGUUUGUAAAGGUAGUCUAAAGGGUUCAUUGUAUAUUUCUAUCAUGUGUUUUAUAACAUUUCCCCUCACAGAUCCAAGUAAUUUUUAUUUACAUACAACUAA